AUCCCCUCAGCAGCCGUGGGCAGUACAGCUUUUUGCAAACGAAGUAAGAAAUAGCCACGGCCUUUUAUACCAUAUUGCUUUCAAAAGGCCAGUCUCCUUCAAUUUACGUUUCAGCCAGAUACGUUUGUGCCUGGCGGACAACCACCGGUUGAUUCCCCGGCUUGUUCUUCGCGUGAGGAUAAAUCUUCAGUGCAGCUCGUAGCGACGUGCGGAUCCGCCGUCUCAAUACAUCACACGGGCGAGGCAGCGGAGGGAACGAUUGACGAGGUCUGCUGAUUCUGGACAAGUUUGUGAACUGCAAACAAUCGUUACGAUGAGGACGAUAUCUGUAUCAGGGGCGACUCUGCUACUGGCUGUGGCAGUCGUGGUGAGCUCGCAAGGAGUGGCGUAUGGAUACAACUGCAAAACACCGUGGAACGAAAAUUGUCAAACAAGUCGGACAGCAGACUUUGGGAAGAGGGUUCCUGCCUCACAGCUGUCUCUCAGAGAAGUACUACACAGAGCCCAGCCACCAAUCAGUGACGUCGACACAUCGUCGACAUAUGAAGAUGACCUAAGGAACUUGUUGGUGCAGAUUUUGAGGUCCGGAUACCACACACGUCCCAGGACGUCCCGCCGCUGGACACUCCUGGAGGAAUGAGAGACCGGACAUGAUGUCACGGCAACAGUUAAUCAGGACCGGAAACGGAACGUGGAAGAAAGCACGGCCACGUCAUCAAGCGUAACAGAGAAACUUCAGUCUAAGCAGCUACAUGUACAUUCCGGAGAGUAAAGCUUAUACAUUGAGAGAUUUAAUUCAUAACUUAAGGAGUAUUUAAGUUUAAGUUAUUUGCAUGAUUUUUACAUACUAUUUACGCAUUUGUUUUGUAGUAAUGUGUACUUUGGGAUACUGGUUUUAUAUUCUAUGAUAUUGUGACAUAUAAGUUAACAACAUCAAGACAAAGAAUAUAUUGAAGAUGUCAUCGAUUAUAUCGAUUGUAUAAUGUUCUGGAAAAAGGUACAGGAACGAAAUGAAACAAAAAUUGAUGU